AUGAUGCGCUUUCGCACGUCUCACAGCGUCGGCGCGCUGCUCCUGCUGCUGGUAGCGCGCGGCGCCCCGAGCGCCGGGUCGUCGGCGAGCGGGGCGCUGGCCCGCCCGAGGCUGGAGGGCUCGGCGAGCGGUCGCCCUCGCGAACCGCAGGCCGAGUUCGGGAGGCGCCAGGCUACAAGCGGCGAGCAGUUGCUCAAGCUCUUGGCGAGUGAUGGGAUCGAUCUCCACAGGUUCGGUAUAUCGGUGGCCGUUAGCUCCGACGGGGCCCGCGUGGUGGUGGGGGCCAACUACUAUGACGACCAGGGCGAUCAGUAUGGCUCCGCGUACGUGCUCGACGGGGCCACUGGCGAGAGGCUGCUCAAGCUUGUGGCGAGUGAUGGAGCCUUCCUCGACUAUUUCGGUACUUCGGUGGCCGUGAGCUCCGACGGGGCCCGCGUGGUGGUGGGGGCCUACGGUGACGACGACCAGGGGCAGCAAUUCUGGCUCCGUGCACGUGCUCGACGGUACCACGGGCGAGAGGCUGCUCAAGCUUGUGGCGAGUGA